AUGAAGGCCCCACAACAGAUUUCUCAGACGAUGCCUGGUAAAGAGCUAGCUGCGUGGACUUCCCGUGUCAGUAUCGAGACGCAACAUUAUGAAGGUAACGAUGAUUUGCAUAGGGCCGAGAGCAGUGAGAUUUUACCCAAGGCGCUCACGGAUGAUCAAAAAGAAAAGGUGAGUAACUACUCACUCGGUCAAGGUCGCGAAAGCUACUGUAUCUUCAACGACGUGACGAAUCAUUGA